AUUGUGAUAUGUGAUCCGCAACUGAAAUGGAAACCCGUUUCCAGUUCUAGCACAGUACUGUACUUGUACUUCCUGGGUUACUUAAUACAAUCCCGUGCUGAAACUCCCGUUACUACUAACGUACUAAAUAGCGUAACUUGGUGUCGUACGGCAGGCUUAGUGACCGACUGUACAGUACUGUACAGUACAAGCACAAUUAAGGAACGAAAGAAUAUUAUAAGCAGUGCUCAGAGCAAGACUUCUAAAUUCAUGAUAUACUUACUAGAGGCAAGCUUUCCCUACUGUGUUCAUUAGAGCUUACCCCGCCACUACCGUUUGCUAUUACAGUACAAUUAUCAUACUCGAGUGCUCUUACAGAACUGUUAUUCUAAGGACAUUAUCUGGGCGCCAAGAACACACACACACUCACAAUGUGAAGUCGAUCUCAACGACUGCACCCACAAGAGAAUUGAGAGAGAAACAUUCUAACGAUACCAAUCGAACUCCAUAAUACCUUGUUCGCUUUGUCUAGAGGGGGGGCUCUAUCCGAUAGACUAAUCGUUUUUGGACAGUGGCCACGAGUUGCCGUUGUAGCCACUAAUAGAAAACCCACCGUCCAAUCCAUACAACGAACCCAUCCACAAUACCGGUAUAGUACCGCCUUAAGCCUUCCCCCUACCGACACACGAUCCCAUACAAUACAAUCGCCACCCCCCGGAAACAUUACAACCUUACACACCUCACACAAUUCACCAUCACCAACCGAUUAACCAAUUUUACCCAUCGCACAAGCCAAGUGCAGCCACCGACCGACCAGUCAGCCGGUCACAUGCUCGGCCGACAUCCCGAUCAGUUGCUCUGGUAUCCAUCCGGCUUGUGCCAAUGAGACAUCGGGCGGGUUUUUUUUUUUUGGCGUGCUCGAGCGUACGUAAGUUAGAAAAGCGGUUGGGCAUCGUUGUGGGCAUUGAUCGGUUUCAUGAUUCCCCCCGUGAUAUCAUGCUUGAAACAGCCCGACGUUUCUUAUGCGCUGGUGCGCAUCUGAAUGAUGGUUUAAUGGGAGCUAUUUCUUGCGCUGGAAUCUUGGCGGUGUGA